GAUGGAUUCCGAGCGAGGAGGGUCCGAUCGUGAUUGCAAUCGAGUGCGAUCUCUUUAUUUUCGACUCUCGAUCGGGUCGCAAUCUGGUCUGCCGACGGCUUGGGGCGAUGAGAAUGGCAUUUAUCACCUCAGCGAUUCUGGAAGUCCCGCAGGAAUCUGAAUCCCGUGCUGGCCACGGGCCGAGGACCAUGAUUUAUCAUCAUUGCGGUGAAGUAGACAGGGAGCACGCGAUGACCCCCUGCCUCAUCGGAAGACACUUUUUACAGACGUCGUACUUCGUGGAAUCUCUCGAGAGUUCGAGGAGGUAGAAUCAGAAGAUUUCGCUGCCCUGCCCGUAUCUAGGCGAUGCCACGGCAUGCUCUUCGAGUGAAGUCUCGGGGCGCGAUGUUGUGUUCCAUGGCAGUUUAGUCUCGUGUCUUUCAUGGACCAUCGAGAGGUCAAAGAGUCUGAAGUCGGAACUGCAGAGAGAGAGAGGUGUUUGCUGCUAAAAGGAUGCAAUGAGGUGGCGGACGACGAGAGAAUGGCAACUAUGUCCACGUUUUCUUACCUGCUUGCGUGCUCGCCUCUCCACCCGCUUCCUCCUGCUCCUUCCCCAACCCAUGUCCGAUAGAGUCCUCCUGAAAGAUACAGCCAUCUUCCAUACACAGUCGUCAUCAGCCUCCAUACUGCAUGGCAAAUUAGCAACUUGCCGAGGAUUCUCAGACGCUGAGGUGGAAAUUUCGUGAUUCAUACGGUCCUUCCCCAGAAGACAAGCCCCCGAGGUCAGAUGUUUGCAUUGUGGUUUGACAUGAAAAGACGAAGGGCUCGGGGAAGGAGAUUGAAUGCACUCUCAUUACGUGCCACUGUAUAGAAAGAAACGUGGAUCAGGACCUUACCAGCUUGGAAGGCACGUCCAGGGACCGAGUUCCCGAGCCGAAGAUCUGCAGUUCAGAAAGACACACGAGCGAUCGAGAUGGGGGCAGAUCUGGCAUCGACGUUUUCCAUGGCAUUCUUGCCGGUUGCCAAACUGUUGCUCACCUGUGCAUUUGGAGCCUGGCUUGGUUCCAAGAGUAUGCAGAUUUUGACGGCAGAAAGUCGCAAACACAUGAACAUGAUGGUCUUCCUCGCAUACACGCCAGCAUUGGUUUUCUGCAAAUUGACUUACGCAGUUUCUCUCGAAAAUCUACUAGCCUGGUGGUACAUGCCCGUGAACGUGAUACUGUGUUACACCAUAGGGAGUGGUCUUGCCUUCAUCGUAAUAAGUGUCACAGAGCCACCACCACAUCUGAAGCCCCUCAUUAUCGCUUGCUGCGCCGCAGGUAAUAUAGGUAAUGUGCCUUUGGUCCUCGUUCCGUCAAUUUGCUUGGAAAAGGACAACCCGUUUGGGACGAUGGAGACAUGCAGCAAGAAUGCGGUUGCGUACGUUUCCUUCGGGAUGUGGAUGGGAAUGGUUCUGACAUGGACUUUUAUCUACAACCUUCUCCGACCAGUAGACCAGAAACCCAGCGGAAAUGCCGUUCCAUCGGCUGGCAGCAGUAGUGUGGGUUCCCCACAUUCGAGUGACUUCGGAGAAUUUCAAGCUGGGCUUCACCACAAUGAGUUUCAGGACAUUGGGUUCUCGAAUCAGGUCAUGGCCAACAACUGGAACGCUUCGGCCUCCAAUUUUGCAAAGCCUCAGAGUCCCCCACUUGUCUUGCCUGAGGUUGUUGCCCCCGACCUGAGGUCGGAUCCCAAGGGCUACUUCAUGAGUAUUGCUCAAAAGUACGAUCUCAAAAGAAUCUUCACUCCUCCAACUGCUGCAGCGCUGGCGGGCUUGACCGUAGGAUUGAUACCGCCACUGAAAGCCUUGAUGCUCGGACCUUUACGAGCGAUCACUGACUCUGCUGACAUCAUCGGACAGGCGAUGAUUCCAGUCAUGAACUUGGUUCUCGGUGCGAGCCUUGUGCAAGGAGCUUCGACCUCAGAACUGCCGAUGAAGACGAUCAUGGGGAUCAUAAUCGUUCGACUUUGUGCGCUGCCCGUCAUCGGCAUGAUGAUGAUCAAGAUCGCGCAUGAUUUCGGAUUUCUACCGGAAGACCCGCUGUUCCGGUUCGUUCUCAUGGUUCAGUACACAAUGCCCACGGCCAUGAACGUAGGUACCGUCGCGCAGCUGCAUGGGGUCGGUGAGAAAGAGGUGGCUCUCAUACUCUUCUGGUCUUAUGUCACAGCUUCAGUUUUCAUAACGAUAUGGGUUUUGGUUUACCUCGAAUACACAUUCUCAUGACGAGUACUCUACGGAACUCAACAAGGGUGUGGGCGCAGUAUUCUCUUCUCACAGAACAACACAACCUUCCCAGAGAAUACCGGGAAAAUAACACAAGGACUACCUGACAUGAUAGCAGAAUACAGGCUCAUUGGGAAAUGUGAACAGAAAGAAACCCCAGGAAAGAGUAUCGGAGCACACAAGCUUGACGGGGUAUCCUCACAAUGCUUCGGACACUUCUGACUACACUCCAGACAUGUCCGACCAAUAUGUCAGUCAUUACAAAAUCAAUUUUUGCAAUCCCGAGGCUUCAGCCAUUAUGUAACCCGUUCGGGGUCCUCUAUGAGUUGUCCUCGAAGGAAAAAAAGCUCUUCGUACUGUGGAAGUCGUUACGCAUUCUUAACGGACAUUCCGUACAGAUCAAUAUAGACCACUUGACCAAUCUCAUGUUAAGACUUCCUGCAGUACCAGGUCUUCGACCAUGACAAAAGCAGAAUUGAGGAGCAGUGGAAAAGGUCGGGCCUGCAUAGACAGCGUGUAGCUGCAGCCUAAACAACGUUGAUCCGAGUAGCAGCAAAGGUCAGGACACGAUUGGGGUCUUUGUGAUUGAAAUUGGACAUUCACUGCAGUAUGUUUCUCAUCGUAAUAAAAUAGAGAUCUCAAACGUGACGUCACAUCAAAGCAAUACGCGCUUGCAAUCAUUGUGCAAUCAAGCACACAAACGUGAAACCACCUGUAACUUGAAAGACGGCAUGAAAUGCGGGUGAAGUACAAGAUGGUUAGUUUA